AUGGUGCACCACGACAUUUGGCAGUAUAGGUCCCUAAGACCACACCUACUGACUAAGGGGGAGACUUUCUCGGAGGGUGGCUACGAUGGAGUUCCCGACAGGAAGGUGGUGAAUUGGCCACACGUGGCCUCGUGGCCCAAUUUGCCGGUGGUGCAGACCCCGAGCGCGAAGGGUGAGGCAGGCGGCAUUGAGCGCUUUGUUAUAGCGAGGCUGAGUAAGCUGAUGCUUCGUGCGGCGAUCACGAAGCUUGUGGUGACCGGCGACUUGCCCUUUCACAUCGUCGAGGUGGAUGCGUUCAAGGAGCUGCUGAUCCUGCUGAACGAAAAGUGUGGGGAAAAGGGCGUUAUCCCAUCACGCUGGACGGUGGCGCGCGACACCGUUGUCCUUGCUGACUUGGCGCUCGAGGCAGCGAUUGCAGAGCUGGCCUCUACAACCUGUGCCGUGUCGUACAGCACCGACAUGUGGACAGGCCCGAACGGCAAGGCCUACAUGGUGCUGACAGGUCACUUCGUGUCAGUGCAGUGGGAGUUGCGCCAGGUGAUUCUUGCUUUCGUCGAGAUGCCUGGCAGGCAUGGGGGGAAGGAAAUUGCUAAGGCAGUGGAGAAGGUGGUGGUGCAGUGGAAGUUGCAGACGCGUUGCCUCGGUCUCACGACCGACAAUGCGUCUGCAAACGUAGUUGCUCUUCGGCACCUGGCGGAGGAGGGUGAAUUCUCGAGGUACUUCAGCGAGAAGGCGCACUACAGAGUCUCCACGGCCGCCGAGGGGUCGACCUACCCCACUGUGUCGAUGGUGCUGCCUUACUUCUACGCCCUCAUCGACAGCCUGGAGAAGAAGCUGCACACAGGGACGCAUGAACUAGUUCGUCCACUCAUGUCUGCCGCGCUGGGGCACCUGAAGCAGUACGAGUUUGCCAUCGGGGACGAGUACUGGAUCGCGACCUUCUUGGAUCCGUCCAUGAAGGCCGAGUACUUCAGGAUGACACACUGGGAGCUGAUGCAUCCAGGCAUAGUGGCACGUGACGGUGGGCGGCUUAAGCCACGUAUGAGUGCGGACAGGGUGGUGAGCUUGGUGCGCCGCCGAGUGGAGGAGUACCAAGCUCGAGCAGCACGUGAAGCUCCCACCCCACCACCAGCACCAGCAGCAGCAGUGGUGACACCGUUCGAGGACGACGACGACGAGUUUGUGUUCUCUAGGGCACAGCUGCAGAAGCGUGUUUCAGCUAGCGCAGCGGCGAGAGCGGGGGGAGGGGGAACGUCGGUGGGGGAUGAGGUGGAUCGGUACUUAGCGGAGCUGCCUGUCUCGGACGUGCCAGCGCUGCAGUACUGGCAGCGUGCAAGGAACAUGGACACGUUGAGGCAGAUGGCACGGGAUUACCUCGCUAUCCCUGCCACCUUUGCAGCUAGCGAGCGAGCUUUCUCCAUGGGGAGGAACCUCAUCUCCUUGCACAGGCACAAGCUGAAUACUGAGCGUGUUAGCGCGAGCAUGACUCUCAGGUCAUGGUACACGUCACACCCUGGGAAGAGUAUUGGUGAGGAACCCGGCCGCAGCGGAGAGCAGGCACCACCAGAGUUGGUGCUGGAGGGAGAGGGGCUAGAUGAGGGGGAUGAGGAGGAGGCUGUUGCUGUGGGGGGAGGAACUGGAGUUCAGUGA